ACACAACAACCUUAUUAUCUAUCUCUCCAACUAACCAUGCAUCCAUCCUCUUUCUAGAUUUUGUUCCAUUCUUUUCAUCUCAUUUCCAUACGAUCGAUCGAUCAAUCAAUCCAGUUUAAUUUAAUUUAUAUGUUUCAAUUUUGUUGAAAAAGUUGCAUUCUAAUGGCGUCAACUUUAGCAGAAUCAUUAUUUGCCCCCGCCGUGACGACCUUUAGCAAUCCGAAACCUGCGGGAAGGGUUUGUUUCUCUUAUGCGGCGUAUGCGAAGAACAUCAUCGACCAUCUCAGGUCGUUGGAUAUUCCGGUCGAGGGAGGGCUUUCCGACGCUGAAAUCUCCGCCGUUGAAUCCAAUUUUGGUUUCAGUUUCCCGCCUGACCUCAGCUCGAUUCUCCGGGAAGGGCUCCCCGUGGGCCCCGGCUUCCCCAACUGGCGAUCGGCUUCGGCUCAGCAGCUUGAGGUUCAAACCAAUCUGCCGGUGUUAGGUUUGUGUAAGGAAAUUUCGCGGCGGAAGUUUUGGAUCGAUUCGUGGGGGAAACGGCCGGAGGAUAGCGAUAAGGCGGUGGUUUUGGCGAAGCGGUUUUUGAGGAUGGUGCCGAUUCUGGUACCGAUUUACCGGCAUUUCUACAUUCCUUCGGCUCCGUGUUUGGCGGGGAAUCCGGUAUUUUACGUGCAUGGCGGGGAGGUGAAGGUGUGGAGCUUCGACCUGGCCGGGUUUUUCCAACGCGUGGAGUUCACGCGCCGCGACGAGGCGGCUCUGCGGCUGCCCAGCCUCUCCAAUCUGCUGAACGCGCCGGCGUGGGCGGCCACGGAGGCGCGUAGGAUUGAGUUUUGGACGGAGCUGGUGGAGGCCGCCGCCGCCGCCUGCGGCGGCGGCGGCGGCGAUGGACCGCGGUGGUGGGGCGAGGACUUGGACGGGUGUUUGGAGGAGGUGGCGCGGCGUUUGCGAAACGGCGGGUGGAAGGAGGAGGACGUGAGGGAGAUGAUGAUGAUGGACGGCGGUGAUCAGGGCGAAGAUCUUGAUCAUGAUCAUGAUAAGAUGAACGGUGGGAUGAUCACUGACCGGGAAGGCGUGGCGUGGCGCGUGAGGUCGUUAUCUAAGACUUUAUUGCGUGCAGGGUGGAGCACAGAAGAUGUGGUGGACUCGCUUGGAUCGCCGGACGAUGAUUUCCCGGAUCUUCAACGAUCUUGCUUCGACUUUCAUUAUACAGCCGGCGGCGAUUUCGAUUAAAACAAUAUAACUUCCAAUCAACAAUAUAAUCAAUGCUCAGACAAACAAUUUAUGAUCCAAUUAGACUUUCUUCAUCUUCAAAUUACUUAAGCUAGUUGUCAUUUAGUAGAUAUUAUGAUACACAUAAAUUUGAAGAAAAGAAUAGAAUAUUAACUUCUUAUGAUUUUUUUUAAAAAAAUAUUCGUAUGUCAAUCUAAAUUGCUAUUAAAUUGUACAGUAAAAUUUAAUGAAAUAAACUUGAUCAAAAAUGUCCUUGCUUUGUCAA